AUGGAAGAAUCCUCCAUAUCGAAACAUCAGUGCCGGCAAAUUGGAGUCGAACACCCACUGGAUCCGGUAAAUCCACCUCAUUUUCCACUUAUUCUUCUCUGUUAUCCCAGCCACCCUCGCUACACCCUCAAGCUCUCCAUCAAAACUAAUUCCACCGCAGCAGAAAUCACAAGCACCACAUCCAACGCCCUCUCAGCAACUCGAUUCGCUCUCCACGCAUCUCUCCCCCUCGAAAUCCUCUCAAGCACACCUCAACACUCCAAAGCAAAAACAAACUCACACCCCAUCUCCGCACUCACAGCGCACCAUUUAUUCCCAGAUCCAUCCUCCAACCCAGUCUACACCAGAAUCUACACGGCAAUCACAUCAAACAGCCUCGUCACAACAUACGACUACACCUCUCCAGCACGUGCAGUGAGUGCGUUUCUCACCAACGCAACAUCUUCACUACUCCGCUUUUUAACCGUCCCUUGUAUCAAAGUUGAAACUGAAUUCGCACUGAUUCAGUACUUCAACUUUACAUCGCCGCACAUUUACCAUUAUAUCAGGGUGAUGGACAAACGCACCGGUGUCGUAGAGUACAGCAGGGCUUACUGUGGAGGACCGCUAUGGGGAGCGAGAGUAGUUUCGACGGGUGAAAAGGGCGGUAGACGAGGAUGGAGCUGUAGUCGGUGGAGACUGGAGGCGUUUGUGGAUGUUGCUAUGGGGAGAACACCGGCUUUUUGGACUUCUGGGGUGGAGAGCGCGUGGUUGGGAGAGUGUGUUGAGGGGGUAUUAUUAAAGGCGGAUAUAGUGCCAAAGCAGGUUGAUGUUGAUGAUGGGCCUGAGUUUGGUGAUAUGGGAAUCAGUGGGGAGUCUUAG